AUGAGUGUCUGGAACCCACCCAGACUCCUGGGCCUGGCGGGAAUGAGCCUGCUGAGGGAUGAGGCCUCAAACAUCACUGCUCUGGAGUAUCUGCCCAUCGAGCUCUUCCCCCCACUGUUCAUGGAAGCAUUCUAUGGGAGUCGCAGUGAGACCCUGAAGGCCAUGGUGCAAGCCUGGCCCUUUGUCCGCCUGCCUCUGGGGGGUCUGAUGAAGAUGCCUCAUCUGGGAACCUUACAAGCAGUGCUGGCUGGGCUUGAUAUCCUGAUUGCCCAGAAGGAUCGCCCCAGGAGGUGCAAACUGAAGGUGCUGGAUUUAAGGCAUACUGGACAAGACUUCUGGAGAAUGUGGUCUGGAGACAGGGCCCAUGGAUGUUCAAGCACUCUGAUGGCACCAGUGGCUGAGGACAGGUCAAGGGCAGAGCAGUCCUUGGCUCCCUUGGUGGUGUUCAUAGAAAUUCACCUCAAAGAAAGGACCAUGGAUGGAUUCCUCACCUACCUCAUGAGGUGGGUGGAGGAGAGGAAAGCUUCCAUACACCUGUGCUGUAAGAAACUGAAGAUACUUUCAAUGCCCAUGGAAAAUAUUGUGAAGGUCCUGAGUAUGGUGCAGCUGAACUGUAUCCAGGAGGUGCAAGUGAAUUGCGCCUGGCAUCUGUCCACCCUGGCCAUGUUUGCUCCUCUCCUGGGCCAGAUGAGUAAUGUGCAGAGACUCCUUCUCUCCCACAUCCAUGUGCCUGCGCUUGAGGAACAGGAGGAGCAGCAUGUUGUCCAAAUUACCUCUCAGUUCCUCAGGCUGCACCACCUCCGGGAUAUCCGUAUGGAAUCUCCCUCCUACCUUGAAGGCUGCCUGGACCAGAUGCUCAGGUGUCUGACAACCCCCUUGGACAACCUUGCAAUAACUCACUGCCUCCUUUCGGAUUCAGACUUGAGCCAUCUAUCCCAGUGUCCAAACAUCAGUCAGCUAAAGGGCCUGGAUCUGAGUGGCAUCUCCCUGACCUACUCUAGUCCUGAGCUCCUCCCAGUUCUGUUGGAGAAAGUUGCAGCCACCCUCCAGGAAGUGUACUUAGAUCAGUGUGGGAUCAUGGACUCCCAUCUUGAGGCCAUCCUGCCUGCCUUGAGCCAUUGCCCCCAGCUCAUGUUCUUCAGCCUGCGUGGAAACCUCAUCUCCAUGGCCAUGAUGGAGAAGCUGCUGCGACACACCUCCGGGCUGCCCAGUUUAAGUCAAGAGCUGUAUCCUGUCCCUCAGGAGAGUUACAGCUCUCAGGGGAUCCUCCAACCUGGGAGACUUGCCCAGUGUCGGGCUGAACUGUUUGAGAUUCUGAGAGUCUUAGGACGUCCCAGGAUCAUCUGGAUUAGUUCCAGCCCCUGUGUGCACUGUGGAGAUAACACAUUCUAUCAUCCCCAGCCCAUCAUAUACCGCUGA